CCCUAACAAAAAAAAAACACCUUUGCAAGUUUUUUUUUAUAACGGAAGCGGAGUUAGUAUAACGUUAGGCUCUAUUGUCAAAGUGUUGGGUUUCUUGGUUCAAACCCGAGAAAAUGAGAAUAACGGAGCUUUUGUGAUUCGAUUGUCCAACGGAUUUUCUUUCCUAUUUCCCUUCCUUUGGUUCUGAAAUGGAAAAAAAUUGUCUUUUUUCACCGAGAAAGUAGCAGUUUUCCCGAGAAAAUGUGGACUAACACGGCACGAGUUAAAGUAAAGUGGGUGGUGGGUUCGCAGCGGUGAAGUUUCGAUUUUUGAGCUUUUUUUUUUAAGCUCCUUUCUGGAUUUCGUUUUUGCAGUAAGAGGCUCCGAUGUUCUCCGAGUAAUUUCCUUUUUCCCGAGAAAUCAUUGCGUAUCAUUUCCGACAAAACGGCACCAAAAGCAGCGGUUUCUCUGUGUAGAUUCUUACUGUCGAUUUCAAAAAAUUUCAACUUUUUUUGUUUCUAAAUAUUUGGGCUCUCUCCGGAUCACCCGGAUUUCAAAUGGGUCUGUGUCAUUCGACGAUAGAGAGGACGAGUGGGAAGGAUUCCGGCGUUUCAAGCGCCGGAGCCACUGCGGCGGAGACGGCGGCGGAGAGGCAAGGCUCCCUCCGGUGGAGGCGGCCGAGGGAUUUGAAUGUCGGCGGCGAAAACGACGGGAUCCAUCAAGUGGUGGGUAGGUUUGUCUCCAACAGUUCCAGUGAGAUUGCAUGUCUUUACACACAACAGGGGAAGAAAGGAACCAACCAAGACGCCAUGCUUGUCUGGGAGAAUUUCUGUUCAAGAAACGAUACCGUGUUCUGUGGUGUAUUUGAUGGGCACGGGCCAUUUGGUCAUAUGGUUGCCAAGAAAGUCCGAGAUACGCUACCCUUUAUACUGUCAACUCAUUGGAAAAUGAACUUAGAGUCGGAACAUACCAUCCUCGGGAAUGGCCAUGAAAAGCCAUGCACAGAAGGAGGCCAGGGAAAUGAGCCUAUUACCAUGGAUGAGCAGUGGUGUGAGUUGCAGCCAGGUGAUGGGGAGAGCGAAAAAUUUCCCGAGAUGUAUCUCCCGCUUAAACAUGCUUUGCUGAAGGCAUGCCAGCAGAUGGAUAAGGAGUUAAAAAUGCAUCCAGCCAUUGAUUGUUUCUGCAGUGGAUCUACUGCUGUCACUCUGAUCAAGCAGGGUAAAGAUCUGGUGGUUGGAAAUGUGGGUGACUCGAGAGCCGUUCUUGCAACACGAGACCAAGACAACUCUUUGAUUGCUGUUCAAUUGACCGUAGACUUAAAACCCGAUUUGCCAAAUGAAGCAGCAAGGAUUCAGAAAUGCAAAGGAAGAGUCUUUGCCUUGCAAGAUGAGCCCGAGGUGGCGCGUGUAUGGCUGCCUAACAGUGACUCACCCGGUUUGGCGAUGGCCCGAGCUUUCGGGGACUUUUGUCUCAAGGAUUACGGUCUAAUAUCGGUUCCCGAUGUAUAUUACCGCUGCCUCGGUGAAAGAGAUCAAUUCGUUAUUCUUGCCACUGAUGGGGUAUGGGAUGUACUUUCGAACAAAGAAGCCGUCGAUAUCGUGGCUUCCGCUCCUACCCGUGCCACUGCAGCCCGAGCUGUAGUGGACACAGCUGUUCGGGCAUGGAGGGUUAAAUACCCGACUUCCAAGAACGACGAUUGUGCGGUUGUAUGCCUCUUUCUAGAAGAUUCAUCAACUGCAAUGGAAGUUUCCCAAACCGGAAAAUGCUCACACGAAGAAUCUGCAGAGAUUCCGACUGUAAAGAACGACGAUCACGAGAAAACCGAGGCUGUUGAAACGAAAGGCGAUAGUCAAGAACCUAGAACGAGCCCCGAUACAGACGAGAUCGUUCCAGUGAUCGAGGUAAAGGAGGAGAAAAUGCGGGAGAGCUGCAGGAUGGAGUCGAAGAGGACGCUUGCAGAGUGCAUUUCAGGAGGAGAUGACGAAGAAUGGUCGGCUUUGGAAGGGUUGACCAGGGUCAAUAGCCUCUUGAGCAUUCCGAGGUUCUUGUCUGGUGAACUGAGAUCUCUUAGCUGGAGAAAAUGGCUCUGAAAAACUGGCAAGGGACCUGGAGUUUGGAUCAUAUGAAUAUGAUCAUAGAAAAAUAUGGGGGUUUACAGCGACUUUAUGAUCACAUAUUAUAUAUACAUGUUGGUUGUCUCAUGUGCACUAAGAGAGAAUAUGAUGUUUUUUUUUUUGUUCCUGCAUUACAAAUUUUGUUCCAUUUCUUGCAAAUACAUGUUUUCUUCUA